AUGCUAGUGCCCCUGUGUCAAACCCUUAAAUUCGGUUCUAUUAGAUCGACUCGUCAUCUUGGCUCUGGAUGGGGAGGCUACAAGGUUCUACACAGUAUUGACAGGAGAAAAUGGGGUACAACGUCGUUGUCAGUGUCUCCGAACAAUUACUUCAACUUUACACCUCUCUUAGCCAGUGCCUGCCGUUGGGAUAUUGGAAUUUCGGUCCAGCACUUUUCUCCUCGAGUUAUACCGUAUCAAGCGUGGUGUGACAGAAUCGGUAACAAGAUGUUGGAAUGCAUGCUCGCCACUCCUGUUUCAUUUUCUUCCUCGUCUCAAACAAUCGUAGAUGAAAAAGAGUGCUCGCAGUUCAGCUGCAACACGCCUUUCUCUCUUCAAUAUGACAAACUUGUGAUAGCCGUUGGGCAUAUCCUCAAAGUGACAUUCGGUAUUCCGGGGGUCAAAGAACACGCACAUUUCCUUAAGGAUGUAAAAGAUGCUCGGGCAAUCCGAGCGCGCGUUUUGCAAUGCUUCGAGCAGACGCAUCAACCCGUUGUGACAGAUGCUGAUCUCUGGAAGCUUCUCAAUUUCUGUAUUGUUGGCGGUGGUCCCACGGGAGUGGAAUUAGCUGCAGAACUCCACGACCUCAUCAAUGAAGACCUGCGAACCUAUUACCCUGAGCUCGCCCGGUUGGCGCAAAUUAACCUGUAUGACGUCGCGCCCAGCAUACUAGGAUCAUUCGAUCAUGAUCUAGUGAAGUACGCCUUCAGUCGCGAUAUACCGAAGACCGGUUUCACCGCGAAAAAAAUCAAUAUUUGGACGAAUCAUCACGUAGAACGCGUGGAAUCGAACAAAUUAUUUCUGAAAGAAAAAGGCGAGGUCCCCUUUGGAGUCCUAGUAUGGAGCACAGGUUUGGCGACAAACCCUUUGAUCGAAUCCAUCACUGGGGUCAAAAAACACCCCAAGACCGGGAGUCUGAUUACCGACCAUCACCUCAACAUUAUCGAGUCCGAUGAUUCACCUAACCCUGACGUAUGGGCUAUCGGAGAUGCGGCCAUAAUUGAAGACAACCAUCUCCCCGCUACUGCUCAAGUGGCUUAUCAAAAGGGCGCUUAUCUUGCAAGAAAACUCAAUGGGAUUGCACGGGGUCGGCAACAUCCCGAAGAGUUCCAGUUUUAUAAUAAAGGCAUGUUGGCAUAUAUAGGGAACUGGAACGCUAUCUAUGGCCGUCCUAAGGAUAGUGACGGUGGCAAGUUUUUCAUUGGCAGCCCAGAAUCUGGACGCGCCGCGUGGUUAUUGUGGCGAUCGGCGUACUUCACCUUGACGCUGAGUUGGAAGAAACAAGUUCGGUACUGUUCACCUGUGAUUUCAGGGAUCUUUGGGCGUGAUAUAUCAUGCUUCUAA